GUUGUCAAUAUGAUGUCAAUAUGUCAAAAUACAUUGUUUUGACAAAAAGGAAGUUAAAAUAAUUGUUUUUCUGUAAAAAAGGCCGUUAAUUAUAAUAUCAAAAUUUAAAAUAUUGUAAUACUCUAAUUAAUAUUCCAUAGUGCUGCAAAAAUUGCUUAUGGCUUGAGUUAUAGGAUAAAGCAUUUCCAGGUUUAAGUAAGACGCAAUUCAGACAAUAAAACUAAUCAGAUCUUGACAACUUUUCUUAAAAAAAUACACCAAUUUAUCGGAUGGACAAAAACAUUAGAUUACGUAGCAGUCAUAGCAAUCUUCUGUAAACUAUAAUCUUGUACAAAGAUUAUGAUGUAAUUAAAACUUUAAUAAGAAACAUCAUGCAUCUUCAAAUCAUAUUUUUAGUUUGUAUUAGUAUUUUACAAUUAAGCGAUGCUGAGAUAUAUGCUAUAAAAUUUAACUCUGAUUUCUAUUUUGAAGAAUUUGCUGAUGAACCAGCAAAAUUUGGUCCUUCCUUAGAUGGAGCUGUGAGGGGACUUUUAACAAAUGCUGAUCCUCCCAGUGCUUGUAAUAGCUCCUUACAACCACCUAAACCAUAUAAUUCUACAGUAAAUGAGUUGAAAAAUUGGAUUUUAUUAGUGCCCAGAUAUACUGAUGAUGAAAACUGUACUUUUGAAGUUAAAGUGCGUAUGGCACAAUUGAGAGGGUAUAAUGCUGUGAUUGUUUAUAAUGUUGGUUCGGAUGAUUUGGUGCCAAUGUCAUCAACAAAUUCAACUGGUAUUAAUAUACCAUCAGUGUUUGUUGGUCAGACUUCUGGGAUAAUGUUAAAGGAGAUGUACACAAAUAAAGAUUACUUUGUAGUAAUUACAGCACAAAGCCCAUUCGAUAUUAAAACUCAUUUAUUGAUACCGUUUGCCAUUGUUGUAGGAAUUUGUUUUAUUGUAAUGAUUAUUUUUAUGGUGGUAAAAUACAUCAAAGACCGAAGACGUCAGAGAAGACAUAGAUUACCUACAUCACAACUAAAUAAAUUACCAACAUGUAAAUACCAAAAAGGAGAUAGGUAUGAAACUUGUGCUAUAUGUUUAGAAGAUUACAUUGAAGGUGAAAAACUGAGAGUAUUGCCAUGUAACCAUGUUUAUCACAUCAAGUGUAUAGAUCCUUGGUUAACUAAAAAUAAAAGGGUUUGUCCGAUUUGCAAAAGGAAAGUCUUUGCCCAAAAUGAGCCACAGGUAGAUUCUGACAGUGACAGCGACACUGACGAUACCACCCCUUUGAUUAGAGCAGGAAAUAGAGGAACGCAGGGUGGCACUUUUGAGGUACAGAAUGAGAAUCCAAUCCAGAGAGCUGCAAGGUCUGUUUCACAACAAUCUGGUGCUGGAAAUUUUGUCACAGCUUCUGACCAUCACAGUAUCAAUGGUGAUAGAGUUAGUACUUUAAGUAGGGAUACCUCAGAUACCGUUGAUACCGAAUCAUCUUCAAAUACGAAUCAAUUUGCCGAAAAUCAAAUCUUUAAAGAUUUGGAGGUCCACGUUCACCAGGCCGAUGCCCAGAGUCAGACGAGUAACAGCGACAUUAACGUUUAACGAUAUUGGUUAGUCUCUAUUAUGUUAUGUUCUAGUCGAUGUAAGAGAAACAUCAAACACCCUGUGUAUAGUUCAAAAUUUUAGACUACGAUCAAUUUUGACUAAUAGAGGGUGUCUUAUAAGUAAAGGUGCUAUUAAUGACGAUUUGGUUUGUUUUAAAUCUCUCAUAUUUUAAAUCAAUUAACUAAAAACAUAUACAGGGUGUUUUACUCUAAAAUUAUACAUUUCAAUAAUAUUAGUUAAAAGAACUUUUGUUUAUAUUGUUAUAAAACAUUUAUUUGAACUAAAUAAUAAGUAGUUAUAUUUGAUUUUUAUUUUGUUACAUAUAUUACCAUUCUUAGAUAAUUAAGCUGUAGAUAUCAACGUUUAUAUUUUGAAGAUGCAUUUUCUGCUUGUUGGAUGUAUUCUUAUUAAUUUAUGAAACAAGGUAAAAUAUCCUGUAGAUGCUGGUAAUCUGGCAAACAGUGCCAAAUAUUUUAAUAAAAAAAAACUGAUAAAAAUAAGUCAGUGAUAUAUUUUUUGUAACAUGGAAGUAUCAAAUAUAACCAUUAUUUAUUACUAUGCCUAUAAUACAAUAUGGUCGAAAAAAAAACGGCGUCAGAGGCGUUGAAGAAAUGACGAUCGCUAUCAAUAAAUAUGAAAAAUCGGAAAUGUCAUUGAUUGUUAUUUCCAAGCCAUUUUAACUCACUUUUUUUGAACAUAUGGUACCGUAUGAUCGAAAAAAAACGGCGUCAGCGAUGGCUAUGAAAUGAAGAUCGCUGUCAUUUUAUAUGGGGAAUGUCAUUGAUGUUCAUUUCCACGCCAACUGCCGUUCUUUUUCGAUCAUACGGUAUUAUGUACAUGUAUAAAUCUAAGUACUUGACAAUUAACUGACCUAUCAAUACAUUUUUUUAAUUUGUGACUGAUUUUCAAUGGAUAUGCACUUUUGUGGCCAAUCAGUUUUUUUCAGAAAUUAUUAACCUAUUAAAGUCUGGUAUUUUUUAAGUGUAUCUCAUGCAGAACUAAAAUACAAUACGAUGGAAAAAAAAAACGGCGUCAGGGAUGGCUUGGAAAUGAAAUUUUAUUUUUAAAGUUUAUAUGGGAAAUGCCAUUGAUCGCUAUUUAAAAGUUUUUUUAGGACGCCUUUUUUAUGCUUAGUGGUAUUCUAUAAUAACAUAUGGCAAUAUUAAGAGGUUAAAACAAUGUAUAAUCACUGGCAUAGAAAAACAAAAUAAAAUUAUAACAAUAUGGAAAUGUUUAUAUUGAAAACUUUUUGACCGCAAUUGUACAUAUUGCUUGUUGAUAUUUAUGGUCUAUUCAGCGAGGGAAUGAGAGAUUUCGACAGACGACAUCCAAAAAUUGUCAGAAAAAAUAACUUACUUUUUAAUAAAAUUGACAACAACUGUCCCUGAUGUUAUAUAUUUUCUCGUUGAACGGACUAUAUCUUUUUUUCAGCUCCAAAACUACUUAACAUUUAUUUUGAUUAUCAGAAUCUCUUGAAAUAUAAAUAUAUUUUUGUUACAUUCCGCAAUUAAUAUCGUUAAGACGUUAUUCUUUUUUUUUGUUGUUUAUUAAGUCAUUGUAUUCACUUUCUAAUAAUAACAUUCUAAAGAAAUAAAUAUAUACAUAUUGGACGUUUAAAUGUUGUACUCAUGUUGUACCAUACAAUUGAAGAAAAAGCGGUGUUGGAGAUGGCCAGGAAAUGAAGAUUGCUGCUAUUUUAUAUGCAAAAUUAUAUGGGGAAUGUCAUCGUCAUUUCUAAGUCAACUGGGUGCCGCCUUUUUUUCAAUAAUAAGGUACUAUACACAACUUUUAUCAUUCCCGUAAAAUGCUGAAAGCUGCAACUUCUUAAAUGUUUAAAUAUUUCUUAAAAUUAAUAUAUAACAUGUAAAUAAUAAUAGAUAUAUAAUAUAAA